UCGAAAUAUCAUUGAAUAAGAAGACAUUGAAAUAAAUUUAAUGUUGUUUUGAAUCUUACAGUGGUGGCGUCUCCAAAUCUACAAAACCAAAUGCUACGAAUCUUAUCCAAAGCCAUCAACGAGGAACCCCUGUCUCGGGAAGACAAGGAAAUUAUCAAAAGCAUCAAAAGGAAAGAGAACUAUGCAUCUGAGAUAAUUGCCCGUAAAGGUGACAAGAUUGCUCAACUGAACUACCAAGUAAAUACACUUCAAAAGAAGGUGACGAGUCUCAGUGAGGACCUCGAUAGAAAUGAAAUAGUAAAUAACAAUGGCAUACUCGAAAUAAAGGAACUACGGGAUGAAAUAGUUAUUCGUGAUGAUGAAAUCAAAAAACUUAAAGAGGAGAUGAAAUCGAAGUUCAACCUCAACGAUCAUAACAAUGAACGCCCAGGGGAAUCCUCUGAACAAGAAGUAAAAGAAAUAAAUGCCAUUACAGAUAAAAAAGUUGACCAAAUUUCAAAAUUGACAGAAAAGCUGGAAAACUAUCAAACCGACGCGAGGCAAUUUGAAAAGAAAAUCGAAACGAUUAAUGUCAAAUUACAGGCCGUUGCGAAAUGCAAUCCAAAUGAUUAUCAUAUAUCAACGGAAAAUAAGCAAAUGUCUAUUUUACACCUAAAUAUAACAUUCAUUGAGGAGAACAUAGAAUAUCUUCAGCAAAAGCUCUUAAGUGAACUAAACAUGAUAAGUCAAUUACAAACUGAACAGAGAUUGGUCGCUCAAAUACUCGGAUUUGAUAAGAUUGAAAAAAACUUGUAUCAUACUGCAAAAACCUUUUUGGAUAAUUUUGAAAAUCAAGCAGAAGAAAAGAAAAAAGAAAUUGAUAAUUUAAAGAAAGAAUUGGGAGAAGCAAAGAUGAAAAAAAAGAAACUACAGAAAGAAGUCAAGACGCUUAAAGUGAAUGAGAUUCAGAUACGAAAAAACUACGAAUCUAUGAAAAAAGCACAUCAUGAUUUACAAAGACAAAUCAAUGAGAGGAGACCAAGUAGUGCCAGAUACGGUGACUCGGGCAAUGGGAAUAGCAUUACACUUCCAGAUAUAUCGGAUAGAGAAUACCAAGCCAAAAGUUAUACUCUAUCGAGGAGUAAUAAAAGUGUUUUGGAUGGUCAAUAUCUACAACAAAUUGCUGAAAAAGUAGGACCCGACAAGUGCCAUGCUCUAGGAAAUCAACUAAGUAUUAGUAAAACGACUAUUGAAACAAUCAUUUUAAGUAACCAACAUAAUGCUGGUGUAUGGGUGUUGAACGUUUUAACAACUUGGAAUCAGAGGCUUUCCAAAGACCAAAACGGAAAACAUAUACUGGCACGUGCACUUAAAGCUAUAGGACUAGUUGCUUUGGGAGAAGCUGUGGAAGACUAUAAAGUGAAUGGGAAUGGUGAUGACGACGACGACGACGAUGCGCUCUGAUCGUACUACAUUUCUAUUAUGCAUGCAUGAUGAAUCUUCGGGUUAGAAAAAAUGGAAUGGCUAAUCAUGACGACAAUUGCAAUGAAGACAUUGAUGAAUAUCAAGACAAUGAUGAGACACCACACUAAUGGAGUUAUCCAUGUGAUUA